AUGGCUCAGCCUAAAGAGGAAAUAAAAGGCGUAGAAACGGCUCAGCCCAAAGAGGAAAUAAAAGGCACAGAAACAGCUCAGCCCAAAGAGGAAAUAAAAGCCCAAAGAGGAAAUAAAAGGCAUAGUGAUGGCGUAGCCCAAAGAGGGAAUAAAAGGCGUAGUGAUGACGUAGCCCAAAGAGGAAAUAAAAGGCAGAGAAAUGGCUUGGCCCAAAGAGGAAAUAAAAGGCAUAGUAAUGACGUAGCCCAAAGAGGAAAUAAAAGGCAUAGUGAUGACGUAGCUCAAAGAGGAAAUAAAAGGCAGAGAAACGACGUAGACCAAAGAGGAAAUAAAAGGCAUAGUAAUGACGUAGCCCAAAGAGGAAAUAAAAUGCAUAGUAAUGACGUAGCCCAAAGAGGAAAUAAAAGGCAUAGUAAUGACGUAGCCCAAAGAGGAAAUAAAAGGCAGAGAAACGGCUUGGCCCAAGAGGAAAUAAAGCAAGUAAUGCACGUAGCCAAAAAGAGAAAUAAAAGGGAUAGUGAUGACGUAGCCCAAAGAGGAAAUAAAAGGCAUAGUAAUGACGUAGCCCAAAGAGGAAAUAAAAGGUAUAGUGAUGACGUAGUCCGAAGAGGAAAUAAAAGCCAUAGAAAUGACGUAGCUCAAAGAGGAAAUAAAAGGCAUAGCAAUGACGUAGCCCAAAGAGGAAAUAAAAGGCAGAGAAAUGACGUAGCCCAAAGAGGGAUUAAAAGGCAUAGUAAUUACGUAGCCCAAAGAGGAAAUAAAAGGCAUAGUAAUGACGUAGCCCAAAGAGGAAAUAAAAGGCAUAGUAAUGACGUAGCCCAAAGAGGAAAUUAA